AUGACUACUGCUACUACCGCUACGACCACUCACACUACCUCCGCAACCCAUCGAGCAAAUUGGCCACCUCGUCGCAGUAGUGCCGAACCUCAACCAAGUAGACCCGAGAGUGUCCCAACUCGAACCAACGUACCCCAUCCAUUUCCUCCUAGAAACACGUCAAGUUCUGGACGUGGUUCGAUUGUAGGGAGUACCACUUCAGGGCCUGGUCCACCUCAUCCGACCUCUGUUCCUAUUGGACCUAGAAGUAGUGGGAUUCGAAAUGAAAGAGCUAGAUAUGAAGGACCAUCACUAAGUCCUUCUUCACAUCGUGUUCCAAGAGCACCGGCUUCUAUGUCUUCUUCUAUACCAGCUACGUAUGGUGGUAGUAGUGGUGGUAGAGGUAGAGCAAAGAUCCGAGGAUCAGCACAUCAAUAUUGGGGUAAUCCUAAUGGUAAUGGCAGUGGUAAUAGAGGAGGAGGUAGUAAUAGUAGUAGUAGAAAUGAAAGAUAA